ACCUGGACGUGUGCAGUCAAGAAGUGCAAUUUCGCGAACAAUUUCGGAUGGCGGCGUACAUGCUACUGCUGUGGUGCUGACAAGCCCGACUCCGACGCCUCAGGGGUCCGCUCCAAGGGUGACGGAGGUGCGGGCAAGGGCGCCGCCGCAGCCAAGGAUGACAAGCUCGAGGACGAGCAGAUUCAUGCCUUCCUCGCGCUGGACGAUGUGCAGUUUUCUGCCCCUGUUGCUCUCUUGCCCAGCCAGCUGCGCUCGCGCAUCGUGGCGCAGCGAGCGGUCAAGUCUGGGGACCCGUCGGCCGUGUCCAAGGAGGCUAAGCAGGAUCACGACUUCCUCAAGGCCAAGGUCGCCAAGACAGCCAACGCCCUUGACAAGGCCAAGGACACCCUGUCCAAGCAGGUCCUGCGUGUGGUCCAGGUCCAGGCGGAGCAUGACGAGCUGCAGGCCAAGGGGAACGAUGCCGCCAAGCGCGCCGCCGAGGCGCACGGUCAGCUCUCUGGAGGUGUGGCGGUUCCUGAGGCCUCGGUGCUGGUGGACUUUGAGAAGCUCAUCGCCGCCCGUGACUCGGUUGUGGACCAGAGGCAGCAGGCGGCGCAGGACACCAAGGCUCCGUCUGAGGCUGCUGAUACCGCUGGUGAUGCUCGUGAUGGUGCAGGCGCUGGGCAGCCUCUUCUCGUCAACCUCGAGUCUGGCGGCGACGCGAAGAGGGGCGACCUCUCCUUCUCCGACCUCGACGGCGACUGGGCCGACAAGCUUGUCAACGAUGCUGGAGGUGGAGCCGCUACUGAAGAAGACUCUGAAGGCAAGUGGGGCAUCACUCAGCAGGCUGUCCAGGCCGCGCUCGAGGAAGUUGAGCGUGCCAAGAAGGCGCGCUGCAGUAUCACUGAGAAAGAUAAGUCGCAUCUUUAG